CCGUUCUGUCUUAUGAGACGAAUUACCGUUCCUAAUUUAUUAAGUUGUUAAACUUAUUUAUAAGGUAAUCCGGUAACUAAAAAUAUUGUUCUACUUUUCUGGUGGGCUCCUGCUAAUGCCAGACAUGUUCAAGAUUGCCCUUACCAGUGCAGCACGACUCACAAGGGGCUGUAGAUCCCUAACCAGUGCACCACGACUCGCAACGGGCUGUAGAUCUCAUCAUGCUCUCUCCUGUUUGGCAACCACAACAUCAAGUACAAUAUCAGAUCCACUUAGAUGCUCACUGAUACGCAAUGAUUCUGUUCACCUCACACAGUUUACUCAGUCCAGAUUCAUAUCAGAAGGCCGACGUGAAGUUCCACGUGAAGUUCAGUGCUGGAACUGUGGUGAAAUAGGACACGUAUCCAAGAACUGCCCUUCAAAAAUUAUCUGUAAUCGAUGUGGGGAGACGGGACACAUGGCAAGAGAUUGCACAAGUACAGAUACAUCAAAAGUGAAAUGUAGAAGAUGUGGUGGAACAGGACACACAGCCAUAGAAUGCACUCAACAGAAGACCUGCUACAGAUGCGGUAGUACAGAACACGAGGCUAGGAAUUGCCCUACAAAAUCAGAUUUUAUGAGAUAGAAGUUCAUGGAUGAAAGCGAAGAUUGUGGGAUAAUUCUUCUCAAAGAAAAUGGAUCAUCAUGGACCAGGCACUUUUAACCCAUUUAAGCCUAGUGGACUCUCCUAUCCUUCUAAAUUGGAUCAAUUUAUUUCCAAAACUAUGGAUGUCUAGUAUAUUUAUUUCUAUAUUUAGAAUAUUUCUUACAGAAAUUCCUUUAAGCAAACAGUGCAGACCCUGAUGAGAUGCCGCAUCAUGCGGCGUCUCAUCUGGGUCUACAAUGUUUGCCAAGGUCUUUUUUUUAGAAGCUUGGUUAACAUAAAGGCUCCGGUGAAUCAAGGCUUACAUAACAUUUGAGCCAGGCCCUUUUAACAUGAAGGCUUCUGGUGAAUCAAGGCUAACAUAACACUUGAGCCAGGCACUUUUAACUUGAAGGCUUCUGGUGAAUCAAGGCUAACAUAACAUUUGAGCCAGGCCCUUUUAACAUGAAGGCUUCUGGUGAAUCAAGGCUAACAUAACACUUGAGCCAGGCACUUUUAACUUGAAGGCUUCUGGUGAAUCAAGGCUAACAUAACAUUUGAGCCAGGCCCUUUUAACAUGAAGGCUUCUGGUGAAUCAAGGCUAACAUAACACUUGAGCCAGGCACUUUUAACUUGAUGGCUUCUGGUGAAUCAAGGCUAACAUAACACUUGAGCCAGGCACUUUUAACUUAAGGCUUCUGGUGAAUCAAGGCUAACAUAACACUUGAGCCAGGCCCUUUUAACAUGAAGGCUUCUGGUGAAUCAAGGCUAACAUAACACUUGAGCCAGGCACUUUUAACUUGAAGGCUUCUAGUGAAUCAAGGCUAACAUAACACUUGAGCCAGGCACUUUUAACUUGAAGGCUUCUGGUGAAUCAAGGCUAACAUAACACUUGAGCCAGGCACUUUUAACUUGAAGGCUUCUGGUGAAUCAAGGCUAACAUAACACUUGAGCCAGGCACUUUUAACUUGAAGGCUUCUGGUAAAUCAAGGCUAACAUUACACUGGAGCCUUACUCUGGGCUGGGCAAAUUGAGUUUAAUGCAUGUGUGUAAAGUGUCAUCCCAGAUUAGCCUGUGCUGUGUGCAUGUGUGUAAAGUGUCAUCCCAGAUUAGCCUGUGCAGUGUGCAUGUGUGUAAAGUGUCAUCCCAGAUUAGCCUGUGCAGUGUGCAUGUGUGUAAAGUGUCAUCCCAGAUUAGCCUGUGCAGUGUGCAUGUGUGUAAAGUGUCAUCCCAGAUUAGCCUGUGCAGUGUGCAUAGGUAUAUCAGGGACGACACUUUUCUCCAAUCUGGAUUUUUACUAGAGACUUCUUUAAUAAAAAAAAACUUCAGAAAGUGCCAUCCGUGAUAAGCCUGUUUGGACUGCAGAGAUAUUCUGGGAUUGCAAGUUACGCACAUGCUUUUUGUCCCAUUCUUCCAAAACGUGGCUCACUUGAUGACAAGCCAUUGUUACUAUUAUGUGCAAGGUUACACUAGCCAUGAAUUGCCACGGACACUUUUUCUAUUAAGGAGGUUACAACUUGUUUUAUGUGCUUGUGGUUACACACAACUAAUCAUUUGUAUUUGUUCAUUGCCCAUGAAAUGGAUGCAACUUUUCUUAAUUUCAGGCUAUUUUCAGAUGUCAGUUGGGAAAUUGUAAUGUUUACAUUAUUGAGAAAGUGAUUUUCAUCUGUACUUUUUAAAGAAUUAAAAACAGACAAUAUAUUUUAUGUAAGUCAGUUAAAUGCUAAUGUUAUUGCUUAAUUUUGUAUAAUAAAUAUAAAUGUUUAUUAAUAACGUGAUUAAAAGUAUGUACUAUAAUAAUAGUCUCAUUGUUUGUAACAACUGGUUUUAAACAGUACUCUCAGUUAUUGUUGUUAGACUAACAUAGAUAAUUUGUGCUGAUGUGAUUCAGUAAAUUACCUUAGGCUAUGCUGGGAACUCAAAUAUGUGGGAAGCUACUGGUAACGAGGACCUUUUUAUGUACUGCUGUAGUGGCUGGAAUCAGUCCUCGUAAUCCAAAUUCCUCGCCACAGAUCUAAAAAAGCUUAAACAACGUGGAAAACCUUGUACGAAAUAUUCUAAGCAUGUUAGAAAGCAAAAACUGUUGUAUUUAUUUGUUUGUUUGUCAUCUUGAAUAGCAAACGCGUCAAAAUAAAGUAUGUUCAGACGA